CACAGAGUCGGACAGUCGACAGAAGAAGAAGAAAGGAGCAGAUAGUCGGUCUGCGGGCCGACACGGAGCCCAAAAACACGGUCCACCCGGCGGAUAAAACUGAGUUUUUAAAGCGAGAGAAGAGUCUGGUUCCGUGAAAAUGUAUUUCUUCGCAGUGUUCGUCCUUUUGGGGACAGGACUGGCGGUAAACGGCGAGAUUCAUUCCCUCACUUACAUCUACACGGCCUUCUCCAAACCUGUCGACCUCCCGGGCAUCCACGAGUUCACAGCCAUGGGUCUGCUCAACGGCAGGAUGAUCGACUACUUUGACAGCGACAACCAGAAGAAAGUUCCCAAACAGGACUGGAUGAAAGAGAGACUGCCUGCAGAUUACUGGGACAAAGGCACCCAGUCCCGCCAGAGCAAGCAGCAGUGGUUCAAAGUCAACAUCAACAUCCUGAAGGAACGAAUGAGACAGAAUGACACGGACCUCCAUAUUCUCCAGUGGAGGCACGGCUGCGAAGGCGAAAUGAAGGACGGAGAGAUUAAGUUUAUACGCGGCAUUGACAUGUACGGCUACGACGGAAACGACUUCCUGUCAUUUGACAACGUCAACAGCGUCUGGGUCGCCUUUACUGAUGCGGCAGUCCAGACCAAGAGAAAGUGGGACGAAGUCCAGGUCCUACAAGAAUACACCAGAGGCUACCUGGAGUACGAGUGCAUUGAUUGGUUGGGGAAAUUCAUCAAUUAUGGACAAAAACAGCUAGAAGAAACCAUUCCAACGGUGCACCUGUUUGCAAAGAACACCACAGUUGAAGGAAAUCUCCUUUUGACGUGCCUGGCCACAGGUUUCUUACCAAAAGAAAUCACCCUGAACAUGAAAAUCAACGGCAGUAUUCUAACUGAAGCGGAUGGAGUUGUGUCCUCUGGCGUCCGACCCAAUGGUGAUGAGACCUUCCAGAGACGAGACAGCGUGGAGAUUUUACAGAGUGACUUGUCUAACUUCACCUGUGAAGUGAUCCAUCAGGCAUCCAAGUUACAUGUUGAGGAGGAGUGGGGGUCACGUACAUUUGGAAGCAGCAGUCCAGAUCAACCACUUGAUGCAGUUACUCCCUCCGGCAAUAACGGCGGUAACAAUGGCCCUGUCGUGUACCAACCUGUCCCCCAGGGCAAUAACGGCGGUAACAAUGGCCCUGUCGUGUACCAACCUGUCCCCCAGGGUGUGGUUUCAAAACGCUCGGGCCAAACUGAGACGCUCUCUCACCGCCGAUGACUCUCAGGUCAACUCGUCCUCCCCUCCCCAGAGAGGCAUAACCGUGGCGACUGGCUCCCCAUCCCCAUCCUGCUCCCCGUCCAACCAAUCACAGCCCUUCUCUUCUAACUUCUUGAUACUCAUUUUUAAAAAAUACACAAAGAGACCUUUCUAUAGCCUAUAACAUAUCUGAUUAAUCAGUCCUUAAGACAAUCCAUUGUGCCAUCAGAAUGUAAGAUGGCCGUGGUCACACCUAAUUUUAAAUCAGGUGAAAGAUAUGGCCAAUAAUCAGCCAAUCAGUAUUUGCAGAAUUCAGAAUUGUGUUGCUGCUGUCUUUCUCCAUCAUGCCUGCAGCCUGCAGCAGCAGGAAGUCGUGAAGCCGAGUGA